GUUUCUGCACUGCAAUUCAUUGUACUACGCUAUAGCCGCCUCCUCCCCCUGCUGCUGAAGCACUAGGGCAGUGACUAAAUCUCAAGCAAAGGGGAGGGGGGACCAUAUAGACAUCCCAAGGGAGCUGCAAGCCCUACCCCAUGUCUAGGUGAUUGAAUCCCACGUUGUGUCUUGUUUUAUGGUCUCGCAAGGGAAGGGGGAAAAUCCCAAAUCCAGCUGUGUAAAUGAGUAUGGAAGAUUAUGAUUUUCUGUUCAAAAUUGUUUUAAUUGGCAACGCUGGCGUGGGGAAAACCUGCUUAGUCCGACGCUUCACUCAGGGGCUUUUCCCACCAGGUCAAGGAGCCACUAUCGGAGUUGACUUUAUGAUUAAGACUGUGGAGAUAAAAGGUGAAAAAGUGAAGCUGCAGAUCUGGGACACGGCAGGGCAGGAGAGAUUCCGGUCCAUUACGCAGAGUUAUUAUCGCAGCGCUAAUGCAUUAAUAUUGACCUAUGACAUAACCUGUGAAGAAUCCUUCCGAUGCCUUCCCGAAUGGCUGAGAGAAAUAGAACAGUAUGCCAGCAAUAAGGUUAUAACUGUGCUAGUGGGUAAUAAGAUUGAUUUAGCCGAGAAAAGAGAAGUCUCCAAACAAAGAGCUGAAGAAUUUUCAGAGGCCCAAAACAUGUACUAUCUGGAAACUUCUGCUAAAGAAUCGGAUAACGUGGAAAAACUCUUUCUGGACUUAGCUUGCCGGCUGAUCAGUGAGGCAAGACAGAAUACGCUUGUGAACAAUGUGGCAUCCCCGUUACCAGGAGAGGGGAAAAGUAUCAGCUAUUUGACUUGCUGCAAUUUAAAUUAA